AUGGCUUCAUCAGAUAAAAAAUCUCGAAGUCCUGCAAUAAUUCCAUCUCGUGCAGUUGGCACACCUAUCAACAAUGGUAAUGACGAACACAAUGCACAUCAAAUUAUGGAACGUGCUCUUUAUGAACUUACUCAAUUAAGUCCACAAAAACAAGCUGCAGUCGGUGGCCUUUCAGGCAUAGCAGCUGGAUAUUGUUUUGCAAAAGCCAGUAAAGCUGUAGCAUUCACUAUUGGUGCAUCAAUUCUUGGUUUAGCUAUCGCCACACAAUCUGGUUAUAUUGAUAUUCAUUUUGAUCGACUUCGUGAUACAGCACAACAACAAUUGAAUCAUAUUCAACGUGCAGCAAGAACAACUCUUCCAACUACAACUAAUGUAGAUGGAGAAGAAAUUGAAACAUUUGUUGAUCAAUCAUCAAAUAGUAUUACUGAUUCAAUAAAACAUUUUGCUGUAGCAAAUUUAGCUAUUACAUCUUCAUUUAUUGGUGGUUUUUUACUCGGUGUCGCUUUUGAAUAA